CAUAGAAAAUGUGACUUUUUCCCAAGAGAUGACAUUCCUACAGAUUCGAGAAUCGAGCGCCAGGAAGAAUGACCGAAGUAAAAGCGAAUUCUUCUACUGAACAGCUAAUUGAAAUAAUAAAAAGGAAUAGAGCACUGUAUGACAUGUCGCAUCCUGAAUACAAAAAUGUACGGUUGAAAAAUAAAAUAUGGGAUGGGAUUGCGACAGAAAUGGGAAAUUUUACAGGAGAAGAUUUGAAAAAAAAAUGGAAAAACCUGAGAGAUUGUUUUUCCAAGCAUUUACGCUCCGAAAAAACCCGGACUGGCCAAGCAGCGGCAUCUAUCUGUCGCUACAAAACAUGGCCAUGGGCACAGCAGAUGUCAUUUUUUAAGCCUUUCUUGCAUCAUGCGCCGACAGAAUCAAACGUUAGUCAAGCCGAAAAUCUCGGAAUCAUUAAAAAUGAAAUAGGAGAAAGUGGUCCACAAACAGAAGUUGCACAGAAAAGGAAACUUUCUGAGGUUCCAUCAGAAACCCCGUCAAAUGUAGAGAAAGUUAUCAGUUUUCUAGAUAAAAGGCACAAGGAAUACGACAGCAUAGAUCUGACAUUCCAAGGUUAUGCUGCUAGUGUUAAAAAACUAUCGGAUCGCCGACAGACUAUGCUUAAAUUCAGAAUAGCGAAAAUGAUCAUGGAAGAGGAGCUGGCUCAGCAAAUGGAGUUUGAAAGGGAGAACCAAGUAAUUUCAAGUUUCUCUAAUAAUUCUGUGGUAUCUUCCCCGCCUUCAUCACCGUUUGAUAAUUCCAAUACGGUUGACACAGACUUGGAGGCUGCUGGAGACUGCUGGUAUCCUAAUUCAUCAAAUGAUUUGAAUCGAUAAAUACUUUUGAAAUUUCAUUCUUUUUAUGAAUUUCUGUUAGUUUUCUCGCUUUUUUCGUUUUACAUAAAAAAUAUAUAACUCACAAUGAUGUUUUAUUUAUAUAGGUAAUUGAACAUUAUACCUCAAUGUAACUGCUAAUCUUUCUUCUGCUCCGAUUGGUUCUCUAAAUUUACUCUGCUGCUUUGUUAUAUCGUUUCUGAUAAGAUUCAAUAUUUCAUCAAAACAUUCAGAGUCCAUUCUGAAAUAUGUAAAGAAACGAUCGGA